ACGCGACCUGCGGAAGAAGAAGCGUUCUGUGUCCUCGUCGUCGUUCGUCGCCGUUUCCUUGCCGCAAAUUUACUCAACGCGAACGACACGCGCUUUCCUUCGACACUCCAAACCACCAACUUCCAUCGGCAACCGGGCGGAAGUACCGUGGCCAUCGCGAACGUAACCCUUCCGAGGAGCGCGCCUCGUGCUGGGAAAGGCUACCCAAGGAGAACAGCCGCCGCGCAGCGUGCCCUUUUCCGUCGUCGUCUCUCGUCUACGUUCCCCCGCGAUUCCGCGCGGUUUCGACCCGUCCGUUCGACCUUUCUCGCGCGAACUAUGCACGGUGUGCAGCGGAGUGGGGGUAAGCAAGCGAAGUAAUCCAAGUAGUCCUUGGCGGAACGGUGACAGCAGCAGCAGAAACAGAGGAAGAAACGGGAGCGAGACGCGCGCCUCGCAGUUCCGGAAGAGGUUAAAGUACGGAAAAUUGGCUGUUGUGAGUGCGUGUGUGCGUACGAGCGCGUGUGUGUGUGCGCCUGUGUGUCGCAAUGUUCUCUCGCGACGGCCGCGGAGAGAUGAAGGCACCGGUGACACCGGUCGCGGCAACGAAGGCAGCAGCAGCGACGACGGCGGCAGCGGCUGCGGCGACGGCGACGGCGGCUAGUGACGCACGCCGUAACGCGAACCGUUCGCGGAUGCCGUCACCGAUAGCAGGUGGUGGGGGACUAAGCCGUACGCUCAGCACACCACCGAUAGCAGAAUCGACACACAUCGGCAGCUUUAGCCCUGGGCCGUCUUCCGGAUCCAGCAACAAGCAUCCGGGUGCACUCGGUCGCGGAGGAAGCGUCCGGGGCGAUCUUUGGAACGGUACUGGCAACAUCAGCAUCGGCAACACCAGCGGACAGUUUAAACGCAAACCCACCUCACCGCUGUCGAACAGCAGGACGCUGUUCAAGAGCAGCGGCAAUCUGUCCAUCUUUGGCCGUGCAAAUUCGCAAAUCUUCACCGACGCCCAGAGUCCGGGAUUGGUGAAUCGAUUGGUACGGUACAGUGAGCGCAGUGCGCAGUCCGGUGGUGCGAUGAAUCGCUCGCAAUCGCUCUCGAGCGUGUACAGCAAACCGGGCCAGUUCCCAGUGGUGCAUCUGCGCAAGCAGGAACUACGGUACGGGCUGGGCGGUGGCGCUAGCCACCUUGGUUCCGGUUCCUCCGGAGGAAUACGCCGACGGGGUGGUAACUUCAGUGCGAUACGCAUACCACCGCCGGAUAUGUCGCUGUUUCAGGUUAACAAGCGAAGCAGUAUCCUGCGUACCGGAUCAUUGCUCAUACCGGCCAGUGCGGAGACUCACGAGACGUCGACGACCGGAGGUAACAGCAGCAGUAGUAGCAGCACCACCACGCUCUUCGGUGGUGGAGGACGUGGCGUUAAGUCAUCGACUAAUGAGGCCGAUGCGAUGGAGAAUCGUGUUAUCACGCCCUGUGCGGAACUGGAGGCAACACCAACGCGCAGUGUGCUCGAUGCGCUGAAGGAGAUCUCCCGGAAGCGUAUCAACAGUGAGGAGCUGGACGCGGAUCGGAUCAAGAAGCAGUGCAAGGAACUGUCGGAGCUGGAUUCCGCCGGCAGUGGACCACCGUCAUCGUCAUCGACGGGUGCCGUCGCCACCGGUACCUUUGGUCUCGCGACAAAGCGUAGCCGCGAUCCGGGCAGUCCAUCGUCACCAUCAACACUCGAUGGUGGAGCAGGAGGUAGCGGUGCCAGUGGCACCACAGUUGCCGUGGGAAGCUCUGGAAGCUAUCUUGGGCUAGGUGGGUUGGCACCCGGUGAGCUGCAGGUUUCCAAGAAGCGGUUCUGCUCGAAGAACAAUGACAUCCUGAGUUCGCUCAGCUCGAGCAUCUCAUCCUCACACACACCGAACCGAUACCGUAUUGCGGUACCGCGGAUGGACCAUCGUCUGGCCAUGGUUGGUUCACCAUCCAUUUCGUUCUCGAACUCCUCGAUACUCGGUUCGAUGCCGAGCACCUCUUCGACACCGAUUGCAGAAGCGAUUCAGGAGCUGGCAGCCAAGGAGCUAGCGACACGCAAUGAUAGAGAGACAGCCGCAAGCCAGAGGGCCAUUAAAUCAGCUUCAUAUGUGCAGCAGCAGCAGCAGCAGCCAUCGUGGAAGCAGAAAACACCACCGAGCGAGAGGCAAACGGUAUCGGAACCGCAAGGAAGAACGCAGCCAAAGAUAACGCUCUUCAAUCGGCCUUACGAAACGUCGACCACCAAGAAGCUGCCCGUGUCCUCGCUUGCCACGACAACUAGCGAUGGUGAGGAGGACGAGCAUGGCGAGAGUAGCGGUAGGGUGCAGUUCGUAAAACCUAAAGAACGGAUGUCUCCGCUCGGUGUGAAAUCGGGAGCUAGCGGUGGUGUUGGUGGUGCGGCCGGUACCGGUAGUAACAGUGAUCCAUUGAAGAAACCGCCGGCCUCGAAGCUUUCCGUUAUGCUAAAAUGUUUGAGUGGCGAUCUGGGUGAGGAAGAUGAAGAGGAAGAGGAGGAGGAUGAGGAGCAGCAGCAGCAGCAGACAGUACGCGAGUCACCGAAAACACCGAAACCUCAGCCACAGGCAACACAGGCGGUCGCUCCGUCGGGAUUGCCGAAGUCUUCCUUCACCUUUGGCGGUCUGGCGAGUGCUAAGGAUACGGUUGAUGCAACCUCGAAGAUCACUGGAGCCUCUACCGAAGCUACAAAGACCACGAGCAAGGACGAAACGGUAGCCAAGGGUCCUUCGACGGUUGGUAGUGGUAUUGCGGCACUGAUCAACAAUCCGAUCAAGGAUGCUGGAUUGGGAAAGAUCGUUCAACCGGAGAUUAAAGAAACCAGUGGCACCGCAGCAGAGAAGCCAAAGAGCGCUGCUCCAGCUGCUGCUUCUGCUCCGGCUGUUGCCUUUACAUUUGGUAUCCCCGCAGCCACGACCACGACCAGCUCAGGAGCUGCAGCGACCACCGUAUCGAACACUACGGACACCGCAAACAAGACCACAUUGACCUCUGCGACGUUCAAGGCACCGGAAGGUGGUGCAGCAGCAGCAUUGCCAUCGGCACCGGCUGCACCAUUUACAUUCGGAACACCAUUGAAGCAACCUGCUAGCAGCAGCACUGCAUCGAGCUCCACGGUGACGAGUCCGUCGACAAACUUCAUCUCAUUCUCUCCAGCUCCAACAGCGCCGACAGCAGCAGCAGCAGCAGCAGGUGGUUUCGGUGGCACUACAUUUGGAGGAGCCUUGGCAAAGGCAGCAUCUCCGGUGGUACAGUUUGGUGCAGGUAAUGCCACCACAACCACCAGCACCACGGCAUCCGGAACAGAAAAGACGACAGCUGCUGCUCCGAUUUUCAGCUUCGGUGCUGUUUCCAGCCCUGCUGCGUCGGUGGCCACAUCUAGCACCAUUGCAAGUCCUUCUUCCGUUCCUUCCUUUGGUGCUGGUAGUACAUUCAGUGCUUUCAAGUCUCCGGCAGCACCAGCAGUACCGGCAGCACCGGCUGGCACGCCAACUGCACCAGCAGCGGCUACAUUCAGCUUUGGAUCGGUGGCCACUGCUUCGUCAGCAUCAACGGCAGCCAGCAGCACCACUAGCAGCAGCAGCAGCAUUCUUCCGCCAGUGUUUGGUUCGUUGAGUAGCGGCAACACAGCAAGUACGGCGGCACAAGCAGCACCUACGCCAGGUAGCACGUUCACUUUCGGAAGUGCCCUCAAGACGAGUAACGCCACAUCAGCUACGCCAGCAGCGGCGACGGCUGCACCAGCCACAGGAGCAUUUACAUUUGGAGCUGCCGCCCUGGCACCGACGACUACGGCCGCAUCAGCACCGGCAGUUGCGGCACCAGCUUCGUCGACGACAACGUCGACAUUCCCAACUUUCGGUGGCACCACAACAGCGCAGCAACCGUUCACAUUUGGUGGAGCAGCGGCCGCUGCGCCUGCGGCACCAACGAACCUGUUCGCCUCGGCCGCCAGCAACAACAACAACACCUCAAACACACCGGCAACGGCGACGACAAACCUGUUCGGUGCCACGCUUGCCUCCUCCCCAAAGACCACAACCGAAAGCUCAGCAUCGUCGGCGGCGGCGUCGCCUAACCUUUUCGGGACUCCAGCGCAACCAUCGGCCCCGGCCAGUGGAUCCGUCUUUGGUAGAUUAGCGCCAGCUGCUGCGUCAGCUACUGGCACGAAUGGUGCGAACAGCAACAGCAACACUCCGGCGGCUCCAGGCGUGUUUAGCUUCGGUGCUGUUAAGCCAUCCACCGGAACACCAUCGGCAGGAGGAUCAGUAGCAGCAGCCCCAUCACUAGCUACGAAUGGACAGAACAUCUUCGGUGCAGCAGCUGCACAGUCUGGUGCCCCAGGCGGUGGUGUUACGGGUGGAUUGUUCACUUUCGGUGCCACACAGCAGAACACGGCACAGUCCCAAGCCCCACAGAAUGCCACCGGAGGUGUGCCAACGUUUGGUAGUGGAUUGCCAUCGAGCAAUCCAUUGGCAGGACAGCCGACGGCGGUGGCGGCCAACAAACCGUUCACGUUCGGUUCGACGGCUGCAGCGAAACCUCCGACAGCCGUUGGUGUUUCCGCGUCACCUUCACCAGCACAGACGGCCACCCCGGGAACCGGUAUCUUUGGUCAACCACAACAACAACAGCAACAACAAGCGCCAUCGCCAUUCGGUGCCAGUUCGCAACAACAGUCGUCGGUUCCAGCGUUCGGAUCGCCAGUCUUUGGAGGCACUGCCGGUGCUACGAAUACCGCCGCCCCAACACAGACCACCGGAACCAUCUUCGGUCAGGCAGCGCAGGUUAACGGUGGCACGACGAACGGACCGAACACGGCUGGUAAUUUGUUCACGUUCGGUGCCAAGACACCAGUCGCUUCAUCGACACCGGCUGUCGGUACUACAUUCGGUGCACCGGCCAACAGCAACACCUUUGGAUCGGUAGCCACCGGUGGUCUUUCGAAUGGUCUUGGCCAGCAGCAACAGCAGCAGCAACAGCAACAGACAAACAAACCGUUCACCUUCGGUGCACAAGCGAGUGCUCCGACCGCGGUAACGGCACAGCCAGGACAAGUACAGGCUACAAGUACCGGUGGGUUCAACUUCAAUCUUGGCUCGAACGUGGCACCCGUCGCCAAACCGUUCUCCUUCACCGCUGGUGCCGCCAAUAGCGCAGCCUCACCGCCGGUCUUUGGUGCCCCGGCAGCAGUUGCACCAACGGUCAAUGCCGGCUCUCCAUUCACGUUCGGUGCAGCAGCGAACAAUAAUAACAACGCUGGAAUAGGACAACCGGCAAGCAACGCUUCCGCAGCACCAUUUACCUUCGGUUCCACACAGCAGCCGCAGCAGCAGCAGCAGCAGCAGCCAAAUGCCGCUUCACCGUUUAGCUUCUCCGCGGGCAAUGUGGCCACCGUUGCACCGCAACCACAACAGCAUCAGCAGCAGCAGCAGCCAGGAGUCGCGGCACCAUUCACCUUCAAUGCCGGUGGUGGUGGUGGAGGAGCCUUUGGAGCGGCUCCGGUCUUCGGUGCACCGGCCGGUAUACCUACAUUCAGCAUCGGUACCAGCUCGACACCGAACGGACCGACCGCCGGUCAGCGACGCAUCAAAACCGCCACCCGGCGCAUCAAGUGACCGUAAGCGAUGAUCGAUUGCGCUCGCCACGGAUCGGCGUGAGGCCGGCGUUUUGUAAAUUUCAUCCGUCGAAACGGAAGGGGGAAGAAAGCAGAAAAGAAGGGAGAAGCAGCAACGCGUGUGUAUGUGUUUUUGUGCAGGACAGGGCAGGGCAGGGCAGGGCAGGGCAAGGCAAGGCAAGGACAAACUUCUUCGGAAAUCCGGUCACGCGCGCGACCUUCUGUUUCGUGUGUUACGUUUUCACAUCUUUUCUAGAUUAUCUGUGUAGAUGAAAACUUCCGUAUCAUCCCACUCCUCCCACCCCAUUUCUGUCUAUCUUCCUCCCCACCCUCGCUUGGUGUAAAGGUCUGUCCUCCUUCUACUAGCAUAUUUUGGAUGGAUAUUUUUAUACGUUAAGUCUUUUCCUACUGGCGUGCGUCCGUCUUAUGGCACAUAGGAUGGAGCCAUCUACGGUGCUCCUUGUGGGUCCCUGGAGUUUCCUUCACACUGACACACCACGUACACGCAGGCACAGACGGGCUCACUCUAUCCCACUCCCGAUUGUUAGUUACAUUUAAACAUAUAAAAAUAUAUUGAAAAAAAAAGAUACGAUGAAAACGCGAAAACACACGAAUUACACACAAUAAUGGCCGAAGCAGCAACCCUUUGUAUAGGACAGGAGAAAUUAGGAUAAAUAAAGUCAAUAUUCAUUCAGAAGUGGAUUGGGGAUUUUUUUCUUUCCUAUAAGGUUAGUAGUAAAGAUUGACUGGAA